AAAAAUACAAAUAGUUUAAAUGUUUUGAUUGUUGACGUGCUAGAAAAUUGCAACCAAGCAUGUCGUCAUUUAUCGCAAACAAUUUAUUCCAGGAACCCCGAUUCCGAAAAUUGGAAACGAAAACAAUAAUAUUUCCGCUGUCUUCCGGUUUACUGGAGUAUAACGAAGUAAACAGCGUAUUGUAGCUGUUACAGUGCUUGGCAGUCUGGUUUGGUUUUGAUUCGACGAGUAAAAAUGGAUUCCAGACCUUAUACGGUACAUAUAUACGAAGAUGAAGCAAGCCGUAUUAGCAACUGGACAUUACAAUACUUUGAUAUUGAAACCGGUGGUGAUAUCUUCGGGCUUUGGUUGAACGAAAACGAAGUCGUCAUUCAAGCGGUUCUUGGCCCUGGUCGAAACUGUCGACGCACUACAACCUCCUUCUUUCAAGAUGAACAAUAUUUAAGUCGUGUUGGAGGAUUACUGACUAAUAGUCAAGGUCUAUGCAAUGUUGGUUCUUGGCAUUCUCAUCAUACUAUGAACUUACCAGAUCCUAGCCGUGGUGAUAAGGACACAGUGUGGCGACAUCUGCCUACUCCAGGGAGGUUUGUACUGCUUAUUGCUACUAUCGAGAUGAAAACUGGAGCACCUAAAGUUCAAAUGGGUUUUAACUUGUUUGAAUCGACUAAUAAGGGAAAUAAAGUAAUUCCCAUGCAGUUGGGAGUUCUGCAAGGACAAAGCCCAAUUCGAGCUAAUAAAGCAGUGAGCAGUCAAAUGAUUGAAGGUGCUGAAGUCACAGCUAAAGUGCAGUCCAAAAAGAUGACUCGUCCAGAACCGUCUGUGCGGUCGGACUUCACAAGGCCGGAAAUAGACAAAAAAUCAAAAGGUAAAUCAAAUACAGAGUACGACGGAAGUGCAGCUUUCUUCAACCGCCAGAAAUCAGAUCGUCAGGGACAUCGCAAACCAUUGCAACAGGAUACAACAUGUGAUGGAGUACGUUCAUAUUAUACUUUUCCACCUGGCCAUUCAGAAGUUCGACCUCCAAAACCGCGUCAUCACGCUAAGCACGAACGGCCUGCUUUUACGUACUCCUUCUACCCCCUACCCGAUGGUAGAGAGGGGGUAGAGUUGAAACAUCAUGGUCAUCCACUUGGCUCUUGCGAAGAUUGUCGCAAUAUCAUAGUGAGACAGAGGAGGGACGGCAAAAUCAAAAUGUAUGUCGAACAUCGUCAAGGCGAACCGGAGUGCUGUUGUUGUAUUCUCUAAGAACACGAAUGAUUCAAAGACGAAAGUUAUAAUCCCUAGUAUCGCACUUUAUUACACUUCUAUAAUUCCCUUUUUAAGUUUAAAAGCACUUCAUGAUGUAAUCUAGCGAAACAAUGUAUACGGUUCGUGUAAUCGUGUUAGAUUGUGGUGCUACAGUCUACAAAAAAAAGCACUUCAUGAUGUAAUCUAGCGAAACAAUGUAUACGGUUCGUGUAAUUGUGUUAGAUUGUGGUGCUACAGUCUACAAAUACUCAACCUCGUGCCUUGGGUAUUUUCUCUUUCAUACUCUGAUGCCAAUACUGACUUGACCCCGUAUUGAAUUUUAGCAAUCAAAGUAUUUACCUGCAUCUCAAAAACAAAAUGUUUUUGAUAUAUUAGUAUAAUAAGAUAUUAUUGCACACCAUAUGAUACUUGUAAUAUGCACAUUCAUUUGACUAUAAUGGUUUCGCUAGGCACUUUCGUGCAGCAGAAGUCAACCGGCAGUUAUCAAUGUCAGAAAAUUAUGUAAACUCUUUUCGUUUUAUGUAGUGGUUGCAGUUGAAUUGUCGUGCUUCUAUUAGUCUCACAUUUCUAAAGUAGACUACUAUCAGCUGUCCUAUAACUCUUACUGAAACACACCUAGCUUAGUCAUAAAAGUUUCAAUUUUGUGAUGACAAGUAUGCUUGUAAUGCCUUUGAAAUUAAAACGAUAAUAAAGUCCCACCUACUUUGCAUAACUACACAACAUGAUGCCAAACAUUUAUUCUUGUGAAAUCCGUUUUCCUGGAACAAAGGGUUUUUCCCAGAUGAGAAGAACUAUACGCCAAGCAGAUGUUUU